AUGUCGCAUCAAUCCAGAUGGCGCGGGCCUUCCCGUCAGUCCUCGCAACGUCAGCCGGGCAAUGGAAACCGCCAUCAAGGUGGUGGUCGAGGUGGAAACUCAUCAUGGAAUGCCAAUGUCUCUGCCGGAAAUGCUCAUGCAUCUGCGCAAGACCAACAUGUGCCUGUCCGGGGGUUCAACGCCAUGGAGGCCAAAAACGUGCUGAAGGAAGGUAAACAUGAGUUCUAUUGCGCCUCCCGAUGCUGUCCUACAAGGGAGACAGAUUCGAGACCAACCUUCUACAAGCCCUCCGCAAAGGAUAUCGCUGCCCAGAAGUCAUCCAACAGCCCAUGGGGUUCAAAACCAAAUCUUAUGGCGAACGGAAAGGACUUUUGGCUCGAAUUGCGCAAGCAAGUCACUGCUCUCCAACGGGGCGGCAGUGGCAGUGGCAGUAGUGGGCCUCCCGUAGGCGGUUGA